AUGAGUAUGCUCAAAGAACAACUACAGCACAUGGGUUUGCAACAGGACCAGCUUAUCGAACUCGAGCUCGAUGUGUCGGGGCCUCUACGGUCAUCGCUCUUCCCCGUCUUAGCCGAGGCUUCCGAGAAAAAGGCGUGGGUUGAAGUAGAAGAUGCGGAGCUGAGCGCAAAGCUGCUUGAUAUUAAAAGCCUUAUGCAUCUUCGAAGAGGAGCAUUUGAGGAGGCUGUUACGAAAGCGUAUGAAGCCAUGACGGAUGCCGAAAUACAGAGACUGGAGCAGCCAAAUGUUUCAAAGCUGACCGCAAACCUGGAUUCUCAAGCAAUUGAGGCGACCAUCCGUCAAGCAUCUGCAGCAUUCAUCCAGGUUGCCAGCCUUAACCCAGACUCAUUUGCUGCCGCUCUUGGUGUAGAGGAAACAAUUGCCACAACGCAAGCCCUCAAGCACCUACAAGGAAUGGAAGCAGCCACACAGACGCUGAAGGAGGUGACGGCGAACCUCGAUGGGCAAGAUCCGACGGUAGCCGAUGAAUUGUUGACGAGCUGCGCCUCUCGCAUAAAGGAGAGACUUGAGGCAACAAUGAUUUCCGAACACAUGAAGAUAUGUGAAAUGAGACGCUCUAUUGACGAGACCAUUGGAGGGCUCAUUGACAAACGAAACUCGGCAUUUACCCAGCAAGUCGGCGUUUUGCUCUGUGCCCUGCCGUUGGCCGAGAAACUUCUCAAAAUUGAGUAG